UCCUUUCUCUUGAAUCUUCUCUCCUGGGCUGUGUUUUUAUAUGAAUAUUUGGAUGUUGUUAAAAGAAUCAUACUUUUAUAUGCCAAGAUAGAACAAAGGAGGAAGAAGAAGGGAGAAGAACAGAAAAAGGUGAAGCUUUUGUUUCAUUUGAGAAGGAAAAUGACGUUCCUUUUGUGUUGUUAGACAGAGAAAAUGGAACAAAAGGGGAUGUUCUUCUCAGCUUUAAGUGUUGGGGUUGGCCUUGGAUUGGCCUCUGGGCAAACUGUGAGCAAAUGGACUGGCAACACCAUUGCAGAUGAUGGCCUUACAGGGGAGCAGAUUGAGCAGGAACUUAUGAUACGAGUUAAACUUGGGAAACUCAGCAAGGUCACCUUUGAUGACUUUCCUUAUUACCUUAGCGAAAGAACUCGGGCAUUAUUGACGAGUACUGCAUAUGUCCAAUUAAAACACAGCGAAGUUUCUAGGCACACGCGGAACCUUUCCCCUGUCAGCAAAGCUAUUUUGCUCUCAGGACCUGCUGAGCUAUACCAGCAAAAGCUUGCCAAGGCUUUGGCGCAUCACUUUGAAUCCAAGCUACUGCUUUUGGACAUUACUGAUUUUUCUCUCAAGAUGCAGAGCAAAUAUGGUUGUACCAAGAAAGAACUCGCUUUGAAAAGGUCCAUCUCGGAGGUGACUUUUGAUCGAAUGAAUAGCUUGUUUUGUUCUUUUUCACUCCUUCCGCAAAGAGAAGAAACAAAAGGUACAUUUCGUCGACAUGGUAGUACUACUGAUAUAAACUCCAGGGCUACGGGAGGUUCGAGCAUUCUUCCGAAACUCAAAAGAAAUGUCCCUACAUCAUCUGACAUGAGUAGCAUCUCUUCAACUUCGGCUGUCACAAAUCCAGUGCACAAGCGCAGUAGCAGUUGGUGCUUUGAUCCAAAACUAUUUCUGCAGUCACUUUACAAGGUGCUGGUUUCGGUAUCGGGAACCACUUCCAUCAUCUUAUACCUGAGGGAUGUCGAUAAGCUCCUUCUUCAAUCGGAACAGUUAUAUAAUCUGUUUCAAAAGUUGUUGAACGAACUUCCACAUUCCGUGUUGAUACUCGGUUCCAGGAUGUUGGACACAGAAGACAAAUACAGGGAGGUUGACGAGAGGCUCUCGGUAUUAUUCUCGUACAAUAUCGAGAUAAAACCACCCGAAGAUGAAAAUCAUCUUGAUAGCUGGAAAACCAAACUCGAGGAGGAUAUGAAGGUGCUUCAAGUUCAAGAUAACAGAAACCACAUUGUUGAGGUACUUGCUGCAAAUGACCUCGAAUGCGAUGAUUUGAGUUCUAUCUGUCAUGCGGACACCAUGGUCUUAGGUAAUUAUAUCGAAGAAAUCGUGGUAUCGGCAAUCUCUUAUCACUUGAUGAACAAUAAGCAUCCGGAAUACCGAAAUGGAAAGCUUGUUAUAUCAUCCAAGAGCUUGUCCCAUGGAUUGAACAUAUUCCAAGGAAAAAGUUGUGGGAAGGAUACCUUAAAAUUGGAGACAAAAGCCGAACCUGCCAAGGAAAAUGAAGGUGAGGAGGUUGUAAGUACAAAAACGGAACCGAAAUCGGACACCACUGCAUCUGAAAGCAAAAAUGAGUCCGAGAAGACCCUUUCUGGUGCGAAGGAGGACAGAGAGAAGCCGCCGCCGGCAAAAGAGCCUGAAGUUCCUCCCGAUAAUGAGUUCGAGAAAAGAAUAAGGUCAGAGGUUAUCCCUGCUAAUGAUAUUGGAGUGACGUUUGCCGAUAUCUGUGCCAUGGAUGAUAUCAAAGAAUCGCUUCAAGAGCUGGUUAUGCUCCCUCUUCGAAGGCCGGAUCUCUUCAAAGGGGGGCUUCUCAAGCCAUGCAGAGGAAUAUUACUCUUCGGGCCUCCUGGUACCGGGAAAACAAUGCUGGCAAAGGCCAUUGCAAAUGAAGCAGGAGCAAGUUUCAUUAAUGUCUCAAUGUCCACCAUCACGUCGAAAUGGUUCGGCGAAGAUGAAAAGAACGUGAGAGCCUUAUUUACAUUAGCAGCGAAGGUUGCGCCGACCAUUAUUUUCGUAGACGAAGUCGAUAGCAUGCUGGGGCAAAGGACUAGAGUCGGGGAGCAUGAGGCUAUGCGGAAAAUUAAGAACGAGUUCAUGACACAUUGGGAUGGUCUAUUGACUAAAGCUGGUCAGCGGAUUCUUGUCCUUGCUGCAACCAACAGGCCAUUUGACCUUGAUGAAGCAAUAAUUAGACGUUUCGAGCGCAGAAUUAUGGUCAGCCUUCCGUCCGUUGAUAGUCGGGAAAUAAUUUUGAGAACUUUAUUGGUAAAAGAGAAAGUCGAAGAUCUCGAUUAUAAGGAGCUUGCAACCAUGACAGAAGGAUACAGUGGAAGUGAUCUCAAGAACUUGUGUGUGACGGCGGCUUAUCGACCUGUUAGGGAGUUGUUAAAGCAGGAGAGGUUGAAGGAUCAGGAGAAGAAUGGGCGAGGCAAGAGCUUGGAAGAUGUAUCAGAGAUGAAAGACGAGAACGAGGAACUAGUAAUCUCUUUGAGACCUUUAAACAUGGAAGAUAUGAGACAAGCAAAGAAUCAGGUUGCUGCUAGCUUUGCUUCCGAAGGAUCGAUAAUGGCAGAGCUAAAGCAAUGGAACGAUUUAUACGGCGAAGGAGGUUCGAGGAAGAAGGAGCAGUUAACUUACUUCCUUUAGAUUGUAAAACAAGGCAUCUCAAAUCCUCAUCAACAGAGUUCUCCAUGAAAGAGAAAAAAAAAUUCGGUGAUGCCAAAAGCCCUGCAAUAAAAAUAUAAGUGUUCAACAAUACUCACCAGUCUUACAUGGGAUGGGGGUAGCAUUGAAGACGGAAAGCUCCGGCCCGGAUCCGAAAUGCCGAACAAUACAACAGCAGAGCUCUUGCUAGGGUGUGUGAAUUACAUAUAUAUUGUUAGAUAAGAUGUUAAUUCGAGAUAAAAAUAAUAAUAAUAAACAUUA